AUGGACGAGCAACAGUUCGUGCAGUUGCUCGAGGGCCUUCUGCAGCCCGACACCGAGCGUGUCAAGACUGCUACCUCCACUCUUAACAAGAACUACUACAACUCCCCCGCCUCCCUCAAUGCCCUUCUUCAGAUCCUUUGUGGGCACCCCAAGUCUGAGCUUCGCCAGCUGGCCGCUGUCGAAGCGAGGAAGCUUGUGACGAAGCACUGGGCGGAUCUGCCUGCGGACCAGAAGAGCUCUCUCCGCAACCAGCUGUUCCAGUUCACUCUGAACGAGGAUGUUACCCUAACUCGGCACUCGGCUGCCCGCGUGAUCGCCGCUAUUGCCGCACACGAUUUUGAGGAGGGAGAGUGGGCCGAUUUACCUGGCUAUCUACACCAGGCCGCUACAAGCCCGACAGCCCGACACCGUGAGGUUGGAACAUACAUCAUCUGGACAACGGUGGAGUCGGUCGGUGACGCUUUCCCCGGAAAGCCAGCCGACCUAUACAAGCUCUUCAGCACUACCAUUCAAGACCCUGAGAGUGUAGAGGUCAGGAUCAACACACUUCUGGGUCUGAGUCGAUUGGCCAUGCUUCUGGAGCCUGAAGAGGAUCCAAAGUCGGUUGCUCUGUUCCAGGAUUCCAUUCCUGCCAUGGUGACCGUUUUGAAGGCCACUGUGGACGAGGGCGAUGAGGACCGCGCAAUGCAGGCCUUUGAAGUCUUCCAGACCCUUCUUGCUUGCGAUUCUGCUCUUCUGGCGAAGCACUUCGGCGACCUCGUCAAGUUUAUGCUUGAGCUUGCGUCGAGCACGAGCGUCGAGGACGACUACAGGUCUCAGGCUCUUGCAUUCCUCAUGCAGUGCGUUCGCUUCAAGAAGUUGAAGGUUCAGGCUUUGAGGAUCGGUGAGGAGCUGACUCUCAAGGCUCUGCAUAUCGUCACCGAGUUGGGCGACCUGUCCAGCGAGGAUGAGGACGUCACACCAGCUCGCUCCGCUCUUGGCCUCCUCGACAUUCUCGCCUCCAGCUUGCCUCCUAGCCAGGUCGUCAUUCCCCUCCUCAAGAACCUUGGUAACUACUUCACAUCGCAAAACCCCGACUAUCGCCAGGCUGGUAUCUUGGCCUUGGGCAUGUGCGUAGAGGGUGCACCCGACUUCAUUGCUACCCAACUCAACGAGAUUCUGCCCAUGGUCCUGCACCUGCUUGAAGAUCCGGAGCUCAAGGUCCGAGCUGCCGCACUAAACGGUGUUGCUCGUUUGGCCGAUGACCUGGCCGAGGACGUUGGCAAGGAGCAUGCCCGACUCAUCCCCGCCAUGAUCAAGAACUUUGAUCUUGCUGCCAGCACUAUACAGAACGCGGAAGAUGAGCGUAAUCUUUCCAUCAUCCGAGGUAGCUGCCACGCCAUCGACUCACUCAUCGAGGGACUUGAACCAGAGGAUGCUGGCAAGUAUGUGCCAGAGCUGGUUCCCCGCUUCAGCAAACUUUUCCAUCAUGAGGACUUGAAGGUCAAGAGCGCAGCCAUCGGCGCCGUUGGCUCCAUUGCCUCUGCUUCUGAGAAGGCUUUCCUCCCGUACUUUGAGCAGACCAUGAACGCUCUGUCACCGUACGUUAGGGUCAAGGACAGCCAGGAUGAGCUUGAUCUGCGUGGCGUCACUUGUGAUGCCAUGGGCAAGCUUGCCUCCGCUGUUGGCCCUGAGCCGUUCGAACCCUACGUGUUACCUCUUAUGGAGGCUUCCGAAGAGGCCCUCCACUUGGAUCAUCCCCGCCUGCGCGAGACUAGCUAUAUUCUCUGGAGCACGAUGGCAAAGGUGUAUGAAGAGCAAUUUGCCAAAUACCUUCCUGGCGCGGUCAAGGGUCUACAGGACUGCCUUGAGCAAGAAGAGACUGGUCAUGAUGUCGAGCUUGGCGAAGAGGCUGCGGAAUUAGCUGGCUCUGAGGUUAUCAUUCAGGGUCGCAAGAUCAAGGUGGCUGCUGCUUCCGACGAUGAUGAUGACAGCGACUUGAAUGAGGCCGCUAUGGAUGAGGAUGAUGAUGAAGACUGGGACGAUCUCGAGGGUGUCUCUGCCGUUGCCAUGGAGAAGGAGAUUGCAGCAGAAGUCUACGGAGACAUCAUCACCCACACUCGCCGCGAAUACAUUCCAUAUCUCGAGACCACAGUCACAAAGCUGUUGGAGCUUGUAGAUCAUUCGUAUGAAGGCAUCCGUAAGGCUGCUCUUGGCACGCUAUGGCGCACCUUUGCCUGCCUCUUCGGCAUGGCUGAGGGCGAUGGUAUGGCAAAGUGGCAGCCUGGUCUUCCGCUGACAGUUGAGCCGCCUGAGGAGUUGAAGAAGCUCGGCAACCUUGUCAUGACAGCGACUAUGUCUGUCUGGCAAGAUGAGAUGGAUCGGGGCACGGUUACCGAUAUCAACCGCGACGUUGCGGCUACUCUCAAGCUUUGUGGACCUGCUGCGCUCAUGACUGAAAAUGGCACUGUCGUUCCCGACAUCUGCCAGCAGUUGCUUGCCGUCAUCACGAAACGUCAUCCGUGCCAGCAAGAUAUUGGCGAUGAGGGCGAGGACGAUAUCCUUGAUGAGUCAUCUGAGUAUGACUGGCUCGUCAUUGAAACAGCGCUGGAAGUAGUCACAUGCCUUUCGGUUGCUUUGGGCUCGCAGUUCACCGAGCUCUGGAAGAUGUUCGAGAAGCCCAUUGUCAAGUACGCCAGUAGCCAGGAGUCGACAGAGCGAAGCGCGGCUGUCGGAACCAUUGCAGAGUGCGUCGGAAACAUGGGUGCCGGCUGCACGCCGUACACGAGUUCCCUCCUGAAGCUCCUCCUUCACCGCCUCUCGGACGAGGACCCAGACACCAAGUCCAAUGCCGUAUAUGGUAUUGGGCUCCUAUGCGAGAUGACGACGAACGACGACGAGAUCCUCAAGUCGUUGCCUACCAUUUUCUCCAAGCUUGAGCCCCUUCUUGAUGCGCGGGACCAGGCGCGCUUGCUUGACAACUCGGCAGGAUGUGUUAGCAGAUUCAUCUCGAAGCAUCCCAGCAAGCUCCCCAUCUCCGAGGUUCUCCCCCGUCUCGUGCAACUCUUGCCGCUUCGCGAGGACUACGAGGAGAACAAGCCUGUGUUCGGCAUGAUUGUCAAGCUAUACCAGCAGAAUGAGCCGACGAUCCAGCAGCUCACGCCCACAUUGAUGCCCAUUUUCGAGCAGGUACUUGGAUCGCCUGAGGAGCAGCUGGAGGAUGAGACGCGCUCGCAGCUUGUCGAGCUUGUGCAGUAUUUGCGCAAGUAG